AUGUGGCUCAGCGCGCACGGUCCAUCGGCCUCGGCUCCGGGAGGCUUGGGUGGGCCAUCGGUGGAGGUUCUCGCGAAGACACAAACGAGCUGUGAUUCAUCACUGUUAUACUGCAUUGGAUCAUGCCCUGUGGAAGGCAGCGUCAUCUACCGAUCAUUAUUUGACCAUUCGGAGUCAAGAGCCCUCGCUCCGUCAGCACGGUCCAACGCCAACGGCCUUGAGCCAUGUGGCGUUAUGUCAUGCCGAGAUCAGACGUUAACGGAGACUUCGAGAUGGUGCAGGAUACCUCAAGAACGGCACAUUCAUCAGCCUAAAUCCAGGCGACUUCCCCUCAUUGUCUUGGAGAGCAGUCCGCGAUCGAUCGAAUUUGACCCCAAAUAUUCCGGGUUCCCCCUCUUACCAGCGGCACGGGGUAUUCCGCAGACGUUCAAUGCGCAGCUCCGCCUGGCUCGGCCUGGAGAUCUCUGCUCCGAGGCUCUUGAUGCGAGUGUGCGAUGUGCGCAGAAAUACUUGCCCCCCAGGCGCUUGAUGGUCACGCUGAGCGACUCUGGCCGUUGGCCCAUCGACAAUGUCUUGCCGCAAAAUGACGACGCCUGUAGGACACACUGUCGUGUCAUCCAUGGAUACUUUGCGGCGAAAUCAGCCCACAGCAUGGUGGGUACUCGAGUGACUGUUCAAGUCAUUCAAUAUGUACAUUGA